AUGAGUCGUGGAAGUAACGAGUCUGAACUCAAUCUGAGUGGAUCGUUUGGUCAGAGAAGCAGUGUGGGGUCUUCAGUUAGGAGACGUUCUUUAAGUUUAUCGUUCAAAGUAGAUGAUGAUGAUAUUGAAACUGAAAAUGUGUCAGAGGCAGGAGAUAUUGGUGACAGGGUUCUUCAUAGCAAGAGGCAUAGUGAAAGUGGGAGCAUCAGGUUAUCCAUUGACAAUGGAUUAGAAAAUGGUAUGGUGGCUCCCAUUUCAGAGGACAAUUGGGCUCAUGAUUCCUCGGCUUUGAAUUCAAGAUCCCCAGUGUCACCUUUGUCGGAAGAAAUCGAAGACAAAGAGAAAACAUUUGAGUUGCCACCAUUACUGGAGUAUAUGUCCUGUCUCCUGUAUCUAGCAGUUUUUGGAAUUCUUGGGGUUUUAACAAGAUACCUAUUACAAAAACUCUUUGGCCCUGGUGUUGCUGGUGUGACAAGUGACAAUUACCCGCUAUACCUUGACUUACCUUCCAAUAUGGUCGGUUCGUUCUUGAUGGGAUGGUGGGGUGUUGUUUUCAAAGGAGAUAUAUCCAGAGUGUCUGGUCAUUUGGCCAUUGGAUUAACUACUGGUUACUUGGGAAGUUUCACAACUUUCAGUGGUUGGAAUCAGAAAAUGCUCGAUCUCAGUGUUGAUGGCCAUUGGGUGUUUUCUUUUGUUGGCUUUCUCAUAGGGCUAUUCCUCGCAGCCUACUCCAUAAAGUUGGGUGUUGGUACGGCCAAAUGUUUCAAGUCAUUUCUCCAAAGGUCAAACAGAAGUGCAGAUUUAGGCAGCUGGAGGAAAAUGGACAGCCACAGUCAUCAUUGGGCAGUUAUGGUGGCUUUGGUGGUAAUGCUAGGCCUUCUAUGGAGUGUGAGUGGAGUACAGCUAAAGAAGGAGUAUAACCACGACGGCAGCGGGGCCCAGCUAUGGCUGGGUUGCAUAGUUGCACCACUAGGGGUGUGGAUCAGGUGGUUCUUAGCGCGGUUCAACGGCCGUGGGUUAGGAAAGGCAGGUUCUCUGAAAUGGGUUCCCUUUGGAACUCUCAUUGCCAAUGUUUCUGCAGCUUGCAUCAUGGCAGCACUGUCUACCGUGAAGAAAGCGGUGCAUACCAAAAUCUGCGAAACCGUUUCGACAGGCAUACAGUUCGGAUUCUUGGGCUGUCUGAGUACUGUUUCCACUUUCAUUGCCGAGUACAACGCGAUGGAAGAAAGCCAGAAAAACUGGAGAGCUUAUGUAUAUGCCCUGAUGACAAUAGCUGUCUCAUUUGGCAUGGGGAUCCUGAUAUACUCUGUACCUGUUUGGACCAGGGGAUACAAGUAG